AUGGACCCUGUCACCGGGAUUGGCCUUGCGUCGUCAUGCCUGGGAAUCAUAACCAAGAUUGUUUCCAUGGGCAAACAGCUUGACACGUUCGUGAAAGAUUUCCGUUCGGCGCCGAAAGACAUAAUUCGUCUCUCGGAACAGCUGUCCAUCUUUCGAGAGGUAUUAGCACAAUUGGAGGCAUGGCUAAAGCAACGACCUGACAUUUCGCUCAGUAUGAGCGGUACAGUCAGAAAAUCAUUGACCGAAUGUGCUAUCAUCAUUGAAGAUAUUCACAGUCAUGUUCUCAGUGUAUCACCUAAGCCCGGUGAAGAUUCCAUCGGGUUUUGGCGGAGGAUACGGCACCUGUGGGCCGAGGACCAUGUGAAGGAGCAUGAGAGAAUGAUCUCGUCACAGUUUCAUAUCUUCACUCUGCUGGUGAGCCUGACACCAAUUGCCAAGUGGAACGUUGAAUCCAUUGUUCAAGAUGAGCCCAAUAGAGAACUGUUGAAAAGAGGUCAAGCGGAUGCUCAGUCAAUUCUAAGCGCAAGAGACAAUUCGUCGCGAUUUGGGCAAAUCACCAUCGAUGGUGACCUGGGUCUAGACCAGGAGCUCUCUAUUGAUGCCGAGAUCACACAGACGGGGCCUUACCUUGAAAACUACCGUAGUCUGGUGCAUCGGCUCAGAAACAGUAAACCCGAUGCGACAUCUGACCUGAAACCGGUAUCAUCUUCCUCGAGAACUGAUGAAGACACAUCCACUACCCCUCGAUCAAGUCUUGGUGUCACUAUGACCCCCACAGCUGUUCCGAGACUCGAUGCCAAAGCGAUCUCUAGUGUUGUUCCAAGGAAACCAUUGAAUCUAUUACCGCACUGGGCCCAAAUGCAGUUUUCAAAGGAAUAUCGACUUAGGGAAGAAGAAAAUACCAGGCAGCACAAUGAAAAAGUCAGACAGUACAAUGAGAAAGUCUCACAGCUCUGUCUUCAUGCAGAAUAUGGAGGAAUUGCUCACAUGAAGGCCUCGAUCGACAAUGGAGCUGACGUUCAUGGUCGGAACUGGCGAGGUGCUGGCCCCCUCGAGGUAGCUGUUAGACACGGUCAGGUCGAGGCUGUUCGCAUCUUGCUUGGCGCCGGUGCCGAUGCAAAUAGUCCGAUGAAGGAUGACAAAAACAAGGCGACGGGUAUCACCAAGCCUCUCCACCUCGCUGUAUCAAUGAGGUCUGUCGAGAUCACCGAACUCCUGAUCAACCACAAUGCUGCUAUUCAAAAACUGGAUGCUCAAGGCAAUUCGGCGUUGCACCGUGCUGCAGGUCUGGGGUCUGUUGAGUUAGUGCAGCUGCUCAUCAAACAUUCAGCCGAUGUACACGCACCGGGACUAAACGGAGAGACUCCCUUGCAUAUGGCGGCUGGAGAGACUGUUUCGACUCUGUUAUCCUCCGGAGCAGUCAUAUACGCCAAAAAUUCCUCGGGCGAGCAACCCUUGGUAUCGGCUGUUUCGAGGGGAGACGUGAUCGCUGUUAAAUUACUUUUGAGUCACGGAGCGCCUGUGAAUACCCAGUCGGAGAAGACAAGCCUCUUGAUAUUGUCACAGGGACACAGUCAAGGUUGGAUGUAA